AGGAGGCCGUGUGACGGCUUGGGGCGCGCCUCAGGCUCCGGGCACAGCGCCCAGCUGAGCGCCGCCAGCCCGCCUUCCUCACGGCACAGUGAAAAAACGGAGCAUUUAAAAGAAAAAAGAACGAUGUUUAUUAAGAGCGAGUCCCGGCAGGGCCCGCCCGCUCUGCCGGGCCCGCCCGACGACUAACGGUGUCCUGCCCCAACCUCCGCCCCGGGGAGCGGCCGCGCUGCCACGGGGACACGGGGCAGGCCGGGGCCGGGCGGUGCCACUCGGGGAUCCCGGUGGAGCGAGGGCUUCCAGCUGCGGCCGGCCCUGAGCCCUUUCUGUGCACGGCGAGCCGCAAGUGGCCGGUGCGGGAGGACCGUGUGGCUGUGGCAGGCGCGGCCCCGCGGUGACAGUCCCGGCGAGCACCAUGCUGCCCACCCGGUUGUGCAUCAUGAGGAAGCUUCAUUCUGUUCUGGCUAGAACGCUCACUUCUGGGGCCAGUACCUCCCCAGGGCUCCCUGACAUGUCUGAAGAACCUUUUGUUGAUGUCAGCCAAAAUAGAUGAGCUACCAGUCUCAAAGAGAAACAUAUUUCCACAAAUUUUGUGAGAAUUGGCUUCCAAAUGAGAGAUUUGUUAGGGUGCCAGAGCUGGUGCUGGGGCCAGGCGUGGACGCUGGUGUUUGCUGGCUGUUGUGCGGAGCAAAUUGAGGGAUAUAGUGGGAGCAUCUACCAACUGGAGGGAUCAUGUGCAAGCAAUGCAAGAAAGAAAAGCUCUCCAUACUUUACUGGCAAAACGGCAGGAAGAUCUCCCUCCUAGGAGAAUGAAGGAUAGCUACUUGGAAGUUAUUCUGCCUCUAGGAAGUCAGCCUGAAAUAAGAGAAAAAUACCUCAAUGUACACAACAGUGUAAGGUUUGGAAGGAUACUUGAAGAUCUUGACAGUUUAGGAGUUCUUAUUUGCUACACUCACACCAAGCAGGAAAUGCAGCAAAGAUCUCCUUUAUCCAUAGUUACAGCUCUGGUGGAUAAAAUCAAUUUGUGCCAGAAGAUUAUACAUCCAGACUGUGACAUCAAAUUCACAGGCAAUGUUUCUUGGGUUGGGAAGACCUCAAUGGAAGUGAGGAUGCACAUGCUGCAGCAACAUGGUGGUGAUUACAGCCCUGUGUUAGAUGCAACCUUUGUCAUGGUGGCCCGGGACCCAGAGAACAAACGGCCAGCAUUUGUUAAUCCACUCAUUCCUGAGAGCCCUGAGGAGGAAGAAAUCUUCAAGCAAGGGGAAUUGAACAAGUUGAAGAGGAUUGAAUUCAGCACUGCUUCCUUGCUGAAAAUGGCUCCCACUGCAGAAGAAAGAAACAUUGUGCAUGACAUAUUCCUUAAUACCCUGGACCCAAGGACAGUGAGUUUCCGGAGUCGUAAAUUACCCCCCAAUUCAGUGUGGAUUGAAGAUGCAAAGCUGAAAGGCCUGGAGAUUUGCCAUCCUGAGGAACGAAACAUCUUCAAUAGGAUCUUUGGGGGUUUUCUCAUGAGAAAGGCAUUUGAACUGGCAUGGGCAACUGCUUGCAGCUAUGGGGGUUCCAGACCCUUUAUUGUAUCUGUUGAUGAUAUCAUGUUUCAGAAGCCAGUAGAAGUUGGAUCCUUAUUACUGCUUUCUGGACAGGUCUGUUACACAGAAAAAAACUACAUCCAAAUUCGAGUACACAGUGAAGUUUACAAUGCGAAUACCAAGGAGCACCAUACUACCAAUAUUUUCCAUUUUACAUUUAUAUCAGAAAAUGAGGUCCCACAAGUUGUACCUAAGACAUAUGGAGAGUCCAUGUUGUAUUUAGAUGGGAAGCGCCACUUUACUGCAGUCAUGAAAGAAAUCUGACAGGCACUGGGUGCUGCAGCAGCAGUGCACCAGCAUGCUGUCUUGGCAAGAGCUGUCACUAGAGGUGGCUAAUGGACAGGUUCUUGUAAUACUCAAAGAAAAACCCAACAACCACCAAAAACCAAACCAACCAAACCGAAACUCCACACCAAAACCUGCCUUUUCAGUACUCUUCAUGUAUUUGCAUAUAUUUGGAUUUUUUAUUCUUUACUGCUAGAAUUUGUUGAAAUCUUUUACAUGCAAAUGCUAGGAAAAGAGGCUGAAAAAUUGCAGUCUUAGGCUUUGGAUAGACUCUCUUUGUCUACUUUGAGAGAUCUCAUUGCAAUCUUUGCUGUCUUGUCACCAUCUGCUGCCUUUCCCUUAGUAGCUCUCCUUUGUGUUUCCCUAAUAAGGGAGGGAAGUUCUGUCAGAAAAAGGUGUGCAAUAAGUAGAUGCACACAGGUGAAGCAAUUUGAGCUCCAUUCUUGUGUAAAUUAGGUUAAGGGUCAUAAUUCUUUUUUGAACAAGGACACAUGCAUCUAAGCAGCCACAGAGGCUCAGAAGUUACUAGUGUGUGCACAAUGGAAAGCAGGUGUCUCCCAUCACUGGGGAUUUUACAAGUUAUUGCAGCUUCUCUUUGGAUGGUUUUCAUGUUCCCUUGGGAGGAAACUGAUUUUUGCAAUGAAAUGAGGUGGCUAGAUGGUAUUUUCUGGCACUCUGUGUCCUUGCCAGCCUCUUCUAAUUUUUUGUUUGUUUGUUUUAAUGUGUAACUGUGAGUUCCUUAGUGAAUUAUUUCUCAUGGCUUGGAGACUAGAGGUCUGACUGGUGAGACUGGGUGGGACUGGGAAUGUCCCUAUUCUGCAAUGGCAUUGUAGAACAGAACAUUUUGGUUUAUUAAGGACUGGUAACAAAAAAGGUAAAAUGCUACCCAGAUGGUAAUGGUGAUGUUUGGUGCUGCAGUUAGGGCUCCUGAGAAUCUGUGUUGAGCAGCUCCCAGGUCAGGUGCUGAAUGAUGGGAUCUUUAUCCCACUGAGGGGUGGUACUGCUAGAGGACAGUCUCCUCCUCAGCUGGAUUAUUUAUCUGUUCCCUUGGUGGACUGAAGUGCAGUAUGAGUAUUGCACACCUCUAAAAGUUGUCAAGUUUACCUGUGAAAGACAGAGAACUUCCCCAACACAGAGGGGACACCAUGGUGGUUAUAACUAUGGCAAAUAUAUAACAGGAACAGAGUACUUGGUACUGAAGUGCUUCUGAUGUAAUGGAGAAAGUUUUAAUAAUAUCCAAUUUCUGCCACAUAAAGCCCAAUUUCUUGAAAUCAGGAAGCUGAGUGGAUGGGAGGCAUCAACUUUUAGCAGUGAGUAUGUCACAAGCAUGAAACUGGUUCUUUGGUACCUUCACAUCAAGAUUGAUAUCCUAACUGAUCAGGACACCCAAAGAGGAGUUGGGCUCGGGGGUUAAAUAGAAAUGUGAUGUCUUACAAUACACAAGAAUGGAUUCUGGCUUCCCUGUGAGGUUUCAAAUCUUUUGAAAAGGGGAUGCAGCAAAUAGUAAUUAUGUCAACAGCACAGAUGCAUGAACCACACUGAUAAAAUUAAGUAGCAUGUUGAGCUUUUCUUUCUAAGCAAGAAACCUGAGACAGUCACAAUUAGGAGCAUUUUCCUUUGGUGCUAGGAUGGAAUGAAGUUCACGACCCCUAGCAGCUCUUUGCUAUUCCUGUGAGGAAUUGUAAUUGAGCAUUGUAAUAAUCAGCAUGUUACAUAUCAGCCUUUCCUUCUUAAGAGUCAGCUGCUGCAUUGGGUAAGUUAGAUGACUUUCCAGAGUAGGUAUAGAGGUGUGGCCUGAUCCGAAACAGAUUCUUGUAUUGCUCUGAUGGUAAAUUCUUGGUUCUUUUCAUAGAGUUUUUCUCUUCAGCCACACUCCAGUGCUGACCCAGCUCUAUGACAUUAAAAUCUUUCAUGGUUAUGAUGCUGUGGAGAUAAAUUGUAUUUUCUGGGUUUUUCCUUUUUAAAACUGACUCUAUUAGACUGACCACACAAAUAAAGAACUGAAAUCGUAUCUCAACUUCUUCCCCCUUGUUGCAGGGAUCAAUGUUGACUGUUAAAAAAUAGAUCCUUUCAUUUGUUGCCUUCCUAUUUAUUUCAAAACUAUGUUCUACUCCUGAGUAUCUGCAGGUUUUUAUCACUGACCCAGUGCAUCUACCCAGAUCACUUUUUUAUAACACAUAUAAGACAGGGGAUACCAAAUUCAUCCUCCACUGACUUUUCAGCUGCAUUUAAAGAGAAAUUUAUCAUAAUUUUUAAAUUCAGCCUUUGGGAAGGGGUUGGAGAGAAGAAGAGGUAAUAGAGUAUGGAGGAAGGUGUGACAUCAGAACCUCUGGAUGCAGUGAAGAAAAUGAAUGCCACAAAUGAAGAUGUGUAGAAGAAUUGACGUGUUCUCAAACUUUAUCACAUACCACAAUGACAAUAGUUUCAGAAUGUAUAUGAAGCCAUACAGAAAAUGUGUUUGUGUGUGUAUAUGCACAUAUGUAAAAGAGAAAUGCUUUUCUGUUUAUUGCUCUAUAUAUGUACUCAUGUGUUUUUUACCUCGAGAUGGUGACUCCAAGCUGUCACCCUCUCUGGUAUCUUUGUUCAAGGGUAUGCAUGCUGCUUUGUGCCUUUGUGUGUAUGUGAGAAAAAUGUUCUCUGAUCUCACAUUUAGGAUUAAAAUAUUUCAACAUAGUAAUUCAUGUUUGGUUUAUGUUGCAACUUCUAUCCAGCCUGUCACUGCUGUAGGUGACUAACUGUUACCACAGAGGCCUAAAGGAAUUGCUAGAAAAUCUUUUUAUUUACAGUAAGCUUAACUAUAUAAUUAAUUGACUGUGUCUCUGUAGCAGGAAGCAGAUGUCUGUGCCCAUUGCUUCUUGGAAUACAGUGAGGAGGAGCAGGAUUGCCUCCCCUUACCCUUUCACUUAUUAGUGAUAUAAAAGGAGAUUUCUGUGGGAUUGGCUGAACUCAGUGCCCAAAGGAGUGCCUUGUUUCAAAUGUUUUUAUUUUUCUGUGGUUAAAAAGUACUAAAAUUACUCAAAUUUCAUGUAACAGCUUAUGGUAGCCCUUUUUCAAACAGGGACAAUUCCUUUGCUGCCCUGCCAGAUUUUGCAGCCAUGCCACAAUUUACAGCACUCUGGAAAGAAG